AUGGCCCAGUUCGCAGAUGUGGCUGCGGCAGCAGCCUGCCUCCAUGGGCUAGACCGGUCGGACCUGGUGCGAUGCCGGGCAGCUUGUCAAGCACUCCGCGAGAGUGCCUGCGACCCGCUCACGGCCCUCCUGGUGAAGGGCCGACCCACACCCACGCGAGCCGAGCAGCGUGUUGCUGCACUUCGGGCCAUGGGCAGCGUCAGUGCGCCAAAGGAUGCGCACAGGCAGACGGUUGCCAAUGCAGCAGCAGGCUUUCUGAGAGACAAAGAGGCAUCCGUUCGCCUUGUGGCCGUGGCCACCUUCGCUAAGGCAGCUGCCGGCUUGGAGGACGCUGCAACUACAGCGGUUUCCGCGCUGGGCCCUGUGAUGACAGAUGUGGACCCCGGGGUGAAUGCUGCGGCUGGGAGGGCGCUCCUCCGCCUAGUGCCCCGAGAGCACUGCGCCGCCAAGCAGGUGGCGAGCCUGGCCCGCCGGCAGAUGCGAAAUCGAGAUGAGUGGGUGAUCUGUGCAGCGCUGGAGGCCCUGGCGCGCUUUGCGGGGAAAUCCGACGCCCUGGUUCAAGAAGUCGCCCCGUUGGUCCGAGGGAGUCCACUGUGGACGGUGCGCCUCGCAGCCGCGAGGGCGCUGCCAGCUCUGGCUCCUCGAGGAGAUGCCGUCGCUUGUGCCGCCCUUAAGGCAGGGGCAGACGACCAUCAGCCGGCGGUGCGGCGCGUGGCUGCCGCAGCGCUGAUCCAUCUCGCCGCCUCGCCGUGGCAGCCGCUGCUGGACAAGAAGGCGGCGGAAUGGGAGGCCGCACGGAGGCCCAAGAGGAGGAAGGUGGCGCGUGCCGGCACGGCUUGGUGA